AUGAAAUUAGUGAAAUACAUAUUAUCUUCAGCACCAGUAGGAAUAAUAAUAAAACAAAAAAAAAAAAAAAAAAAUAUAAAUCUAUGCAAUUUUAUAUAUACAGAAAGUAGUCGUCAUUUUGUGAGUACUUCAAAGGGGGUAUAUACCUAUAGCACAAUACAAACAAAUGAACAGAAAACAUUUUUAAUAGAUUUAGAAAUACUACGAAAGGAGUUAAUUCUUCAUCUACAUGGUGGUAACUCUUACCCGAGAUAUGAGUUAACUGAAUCUGGUCUAACAUGUUUUAGUAAGUUCUCGACGUCAUAUAAUGGAAAGAAGAGGAAUGAAAAUGCCUUCGGAGGGGAAGCAUCAUUUUUAGUGGAUCAGGGAAGCAUUACAGAUGUUGCAGCAGGAAAGGAGUGGCGUAGUGAAGAUGCGAUCAAUAAUGAAGAAGCGAUCAGCAGUAAAGAACCGAUCAGUAGUAAAGAACCGAUCAGUAGUAAAGAACCGAUCAGUAGUAAAGAACCGGUCAGUAGUAAAGAACCGAUCAGUAGUAAAGAACCGGUCAGUAGUAAAGAACCGGUCAGUAGUAAAGAACCGGUCAGUAGUAAAGAACCGGUCAGUAGUAAAGAACCGGUCAGUAGUAAAGAACCGGUCAGUAGUAAAGAAUUUAGUCGUAGUAAAGGAGCCAGUUGUAGUGAGAGGCUCUCCUUCGAAGGAGCAAUGCAACGACACGUAGAGGAGGAAGUUGCAUCUAUUACAGCUUUGGUAAACCAAAUGAGCUUACAUGAUAUGCUCGUACUGAAUGAAAAGGUGAAGAAGAAGAAUCUCUUUAAGGCAUUUUUUCUAAAAUAUGUAUAUCACAGUGACCUAGUUAAUAAGAAAAUAAUGGAACAAGUAAACAAUGAUACUGUAUUAUCAUUCUUUUAUGUUUGUUCUGGGUAUUAUAUGAACCCUGAUGAAAUAUCCACUGGUAAGAGCAGUACAUAUUUUAAGGAGAUACCUAUUUUAUGUAAGCAUGUGCUUCAGUCACUGAUGCGUUUAAUAUACAAAUUAUUUUUUUUCUUAAAAUUGAAGGAAAUAAAUGAAUUGACUAUUACAUUAUUUAGACUGUACAAAAUAGAUCCUUUCCUUUUCACCGAUAAUCCAUUGGAGAGAUUUGUUAAGAAGUUUUCAUUCCGUCUGUCAGAGUUUAACAGAUCUAUGUUGGGGUGUACUGAAAGGUUGGACACAUUAGUGAGCAGGAGGGUGAGUAGGAGCAGGAGCAUGGUCAGGCGUUGGAGUAUUGAUGGAAUGGUCGGUUGUAAGGCAAGCAGUAUACACAGAGGUAGUGGUGUUGUAGAGCUGGAGAGUCAAUGCCUUCACCUGAGAGAUGCCGCCAAGUUGCUGUACCAUAUAGUGAACCUCAAUGAGAGCAUGUUGAAGAGUAAAGAUAAAGUUAACAGUUGCAGAUUGAGCUCAUUAUACACUGAUUUUAUAAAAAAUAUCCUCAUCUUCUGUGCAAAGGAUAUAAAGAAUGAAGAAAGAGUAAAGGAUAUAUAUCUUUGGAAAAGUUGUAUGUCAUUACUCUACAGCUUAACCAUUUUAUAUACUGAAAAAUUGCAUAGUAUUAUUGUUGAUAAUUUUGAAAAUUCUAUGAUGGCAUUUAUUUGUUCUCCUUUUUUCAAAUUAGAUAAUAUAACAAUUAUUAACUACUUGGAACUGAAUCAUUUUUUGUUUAACCAGAUACAUAACAUACAUGAAAAUCAGUCAUGUUAUUAUUUUAUCGAUAUGAGAGCAUCUUUACAUCAAAGUGUUUGUAAUAUAAAUAAGUCUAUGCCUCCCAACGCUUGUAACUUUUCCUAUGUGUUUACUAGUACUGAUGGAAUAGAACAGGAUGAUGUGUUACACUUAGAAGAUUUUAUCAAGUUUGCGCAUUCGUUGUCCUUCUAUCAGAGAAAAGUAAUCCGCACGAGUGAAAGUCUAGGAGAAGCAAAAAGAUGGAUGGACAUACAGAAAAAGAAGUGGAAAGAAAUAGAGAACGUGCCAGAAAAGGACAUAAAUAAGAAGGGUAAAACAAAUGCUAAAACUGAUAUCAUUAUUGACCUUCGAAGUGACGAUGGAACCAACGAUAAAUCGAAAAAUCAAGGGAUUCUUGUUAAAAAAAUUAUUCUAUCGCUGUUGCCGCACAUCGAUAAUUUAGUUGAAAGAUGCGUCUUCAAAAUGUUCGAAGCAGAUGAGGGGAAGUCAAUGGAAAGAAGGAAAAAUAAGCAUAUUUUAUGUAGUGAUAAGAUUAACCAUGAGGGGGAAUGGUCUAGUUGCUCGAGCAAUAUCCACCCAAAGGAUACAUACAAAACGAGUGAAAAGGAAGAGCACGUGAAUGAUUUGAAAAGGAAAAAAAAAAAUGACUUGACUUUAAAAAACGAAUUAAUUGGUAAGGAAAAUUCAAAGAAAGACUUCCUAAAAUGUAAUGAAGAUAAUGCUAUGUACGGAUUGCUAAAAAAGUUAAGUCAUUUGUUGAACAUAUGCUACGAACACAAAAUAACGAAUUUGAGGAUGUUGUAUAUAAUAACCUUCCUCCUUUCUAAGUGUAAAAGAAUCGACUUGGUAGUGUUAAGCAAUAUUCUAAAUGUUUUUUCAAAAAUAAAUUAUUGCUAUGAUACAUAUUUCGUUAGCUUUUAUUUUGCUAAUUAUGUAGAGAGGGUUACACUGGAGGAGGAUAUUUUAAGAAGAUACUUUUUUGAAAAAAUGGAUAAGGGAAUGCCACUCUCGGGGGGUUUAAGCAGUAGGAUCAGUACACGAAGCGUAGUGGUAGAUGCACCAAACGUGGCAGACACGUUAGAUGAACGACACUCUAUAACACCAAUACGUGAUAAGCAGCCGGGGAAAGGGGAGGGGGGAGGAAAAAAAAAAAUGUUUACCUUUUAUGUAUGGAGGGCUUUUCUAAGGAACAUGAAGAGAAGCGUACUUGAUGAGGAAAUAUUAAAAAACUUGCUGCCCGUGAAUAUGACAAAAAUUGUGAAUGGAUUGAUAUAUUACAGAAAUAUAAAUAAAAAAUUGAUAGAAAUAAUUAUUAAAAUAAUUUCAAGGCAGUAUAACAACAAGAGCGAGGAAGGGGUAAAAAUUGGGGAAAAUAAAAAAAAAAAAAAAAAAGAAGAAGAAGAAGAAGAAGAUGAUGAAGAAAGGAAAUGUAAAAAAUCUGACAAGGGAAAUUUUAACAUAAUUUGUUUAGGAUCCCUUCUCAACUACAUGAGUUUCACAGAUGACAUUCAGUGUUAUGAUCUAAAUGUAAAACUAAUAAAAUUAAUAAAAACUAAGAUAUUAAUGGAAGAGAAUUCAUUCGAUGCUAGGUUGUUAUGUGGUAUAUAUAUUAGUUACUCAAGAUUAAAUAUAUAUGAUAAGUCUAUAUUUUAUUUAAUAUAUAAAAGAUUAAAUAUGAAAAAAUUAAAUGUCAAGAAUAUUCUGAGUAUUGUGUCUUAUUUAAACAAAAUGGGAAUAUACGAUAAAGAAAUUUUGUGUAAUUGUUUUACUAUAAUUUUUACAAAUAAAAUGGAUGAAAUAAAAAUGCACUUACCUAUUUUAGUGCACCUCCUUUUUAUAUUAACAUCAAUAAGUCAACUGUACCUGUUCAACAAUAUGAUUCUUAUAUUAACAUAUAUAUUUACUCUUGUAAAACAUAUACACAAAAUGGGCAUAAAUAGUAAUUUUCGAUUUAAAGGGGCACUCACAUAUAAUUUCUACUCAAUGCUACUCAUAGCUUUGCAUACAUUAUACCAUCUCAUUCUGACCACACACAUAUUGGGUAGUCGCACUAAUUUAUUACACCAUGUGAAUAUCAAAUAUUUGUAUAUUUUAAAAUCUUUAUUAUAUCAAGAUUAUGGAGUUAAGGGUCUAACUGUUGCCACUAAUUCGGAUAUUCAAAAAAAUGUUUUACAUUGUGUGAAAGAAGUAAUAAAAAGUAAUAAGGUUGAUAUUGUAUAUGAAUAUAGCAUUAAAGGCACACCUUACCUUAUUGAUGUAGUUUUAUUUCAAGGCAACUUGUAA